AUGACUUAUCUGGAUGAUUCCGGAGAAUUAUACAGGGGUAGUGGACAGGAGAAAGCGACAUGGAGAAUCGUGUUGUGGCAGUUCGAAGACCGGGCCUGCCACUGUCCCCUAGCAGAAUACAUGGGCAUUUUUCGUCUUGAACGAGUGGCCAAAGAACUGUUUGGAGACUUCAAGCAUCAACGCAAGUCAAAUUCCCGUUCUAAAUCCGUAGAUGCCGCGAUAACGUGCCGUGAAGCUUGUCAAAGACGCAUCAUCAUCCUCGGUAAUGAUGUCGACCUUUGGCUUCAUACGAGAGAUCAACCAACGGCAUACCCUGUCAUGACCUGGUUCAACACAGCUGAGAUGUCAUCGUCCUGGUAG